UUCUUCCUAUUAGUUCGACUAAAAUUACCAAAAAUGAAAUCGGACGGCUACUGUAUCGUUAUAUUGUGUUUGAUCCAACUGGACAUUGUGCUGUGUGCUAAAAUAUUGGGAUUUUUUGCAGCAGUGAGCCAGUCACAUUUCAUUGUUGAAGAGCCUGUAAUGAGAGAGCUCGCGAAAAGAGGUCACGAUGUUACUGUGGUCACGUCAUUCAAACAAUCGGGAGAGCCUUUGAAAAACUACCGAUACAUCGACAUACCGGAUUUUAUCAAUCGACCAGAAAUAAAAAAAUUUCGAACUGCAUCAACCUCUGGUAAUAGUAUUGGACUGGCGCAAAGGUUUAUAAUGAUGAAAGAAUUGUCUAAAAUGUCGCUACACUUAAUGAAUCACAACAAAUUUCUGCAGUUAAAAAACGAGACCUUCGAUUUAUUUGUCUUGGGCUGGUCUUGGAAUGACUAUGCACUAGGACUAUCUGGUCACUUUAAAUGUCCGUCAGUUAUCAUUUCACCGAAUGUCAACUUUUAUACGAUGCGAAAGUUGGCUGGGAAUCCCAGCAGUAUAUCAACUAUUCCAGGAAUAACGGCAGGUUAUGCCACCCCAAUGACAUUUUUCCAACGGCUCAGGAAUAUUGGAUAUUACCUGACUGAAUUUGCAUUUUUGGAAGGAAUAAACCAACUCUUUGUAGCACCUUUGUAUACGGAAGCAUUUCCUCCAAGUGAAUAUCCCACUUACGACGAGGUUCUGAGAAAUAUUUCAUUGAUACUGGUGUCUCAACACUUUAGUGGAAGAACUCCAGAACCUUUACUACCCAAUGUGAUAGAAGUGGAAGGCAUGCAUAUGAAGAAGGGACCGAGCCCAUUGCCAGAGGAUAUCAAAGCGUUUUUGGAUGGUGCUGCUGAUGGUGCAAUCUUCUUUAGUCUUGGUUCGAAUGCGAGAAGUUCCGAUUUAUCUGAGGAUAGAAUUGCUGUUUUUGUAAAUAAAUUCCGUAGUCUGAAACAGAGAGUUUUAUGGAAAUUCGAAACAGACCUGCCAGAUAUACCGGACAAUGUUAAGAUUGGAAAGUGGCUACCACAAGAUGAUGUCUUGGCGCAUCCCAAUGUUGUACUUUUCAUUUCACAUUGUGGAAAAGCUGGCAUUACCGAAGCCAAGUACCAUGGUGUUCCGAUGUUAGGCAUACCACUUUUUGGAGAUCAACUAGGUAAUGCCCGCAAUAUUGCUAAAGAAGGCUGGGCAGUAAUGCUGCCAUUUGCUGAUUUAAGUGAGAGUACGUUUUCAGCAGUUUUGGACGAGGCUCUAAAUAAUGCGACAUAUGGAAAUGUUGUUACGAAAUUAUCAAAUUUAAGCCGAGAUCGCCCCGAGCAUCCUCUGGAUAAGGCUGCGUUUUGGAUCGAAUAUGUGAUUCGUCAUAAUGGCGCUAAGCAUAUGCAGAGCCCUGCAGUUCAUCUCAAUAUUCUCCAGUACUAUUUGGUAGAUGCAAUUAGUUUUAUACUCGCUGCGCUCUAUGUUUCGAUUAGGUUGAUUAAAUUUCUAUUCAAAGUGAUUCUAAGGAAAGUGUUUAGAAGGGGACAUGAGAAGGGUAAAAAAGAGUAAAGUUGCCGGUGUUAAGUUACGAUAAUUGUAAAUAAAAGUAGAUAAGAAACGCUGACAUUAGUCUUGCAAACCAUUGCCAAAGAAAUGAAAGGACGGUCAAUCUG